AUGCUCUGUAUUCAAUGUGCGAAGCCAGCUGAUUCACUUUACGUGGAAUAUUCACAUGGGCAUAUUAAGCUAACCGAUUGUGCCUUCUGCCAGCAGACAGUUGACAAGUAUGUAGAAUUUGAUGGUGUUCUUAUAUUUAUUGAUUUACUACUGUUAAAACCAGAGUGUUAUCGUCAUUUGGUAUACAACUCAUUUGGUAUAAAUGAUAAUCGAAUAAAGAAAGAUUGGUUAGGAAAUAUCUUUCACUGGGAUUACCUAACAAGACUGUGGGCUCUAUUAGUUGCUUUCGAAAUAUAUUUAGCGUGGGCUGCCAUAGAGCAGGAGCAAUCACAAACUUACAUACAGUUGCCAAUGACCGCUGCACAAUAUAUAUUGCAUAACUUAGGCCCAGUUCAACAGUAUUUGUUCUUUGCCUUUCAAUGUACUUUAGAUGUGUUACUAUUAGAAUUCUUAACAUAUUGGUUGAUAAACAUAUUUGUAAACCAGGUGUCAUUUCAAAUUAUAUCACGCACCAUAUUAUUAGCACAUGGAGCACGUUUAUUUCCGGUUUUGAUGUUAAUCUGGCCUUAUGAUUCUUCACUAUCAGUCUCUGCCGUUCAAUGGGCUGCUGGGUUAUAUGUUGUGGAAGCAAUCCGUAUUGUUACAAAUAAUUCACCUUUGAAAAUUGGCCUGAUCUGCGCUGUAGUUACAAUAGUUAAAUGGGUAAUUGUUAGAUAUACCAUGGCAUUGUUUGUCACUAACUUCAAUUGGUAUCAAUCCGUUACAUUUUUAGUGAACGAAUAUCGUUGUCUAUAUAUAGUUUUGUUAUAUCAUUUAACAUAG